AUGAGAAUCUUGGCUUGGAAUUGUCGGGGGUUGGCUUGUGCCCCGAAAAUUCGUUCCUUACGAGCCCUGAUUAGGCAACAUAGGCCUGAUGUUCUCUUCUUGUCUGAAACUAAGGUUCUAUCUUCACGUUUCUGGAGCUCUCUUUCUUGCUUGGGUUUCUCUGCUUGGCUUGAAGUUCCUCCUGUUGGUUUAAGUGGAGGUCUUUUUGUGACUUGGAAAUAUGGCUUUUCUUUGGAUCUUGUUAAUCUUGAUCAACACCACAUCUCCUGCAUGGUGGUUUCUGAUCCUCCUCAUCGAUCUUGGUUAAUUUCCUGUGUGUAUGCUCCUCACACUGUACAGAAUCGUUUUGCUCUCUGGUCCAACCUUUCUGCGUUGGGAAGCUCUUUUGGUGGAGCUUGGCUUUUGUUGGGAGAUUUUAAUGCGAUUUUGUCUUCUGCUGAUAAGUGUGGGGGUCGUAAUUUUGGGUCUACUUCGCAUAUGGAUUUUGUUGAUUUUGUGCAUUCUAAUGCUCUUGUUGAUUUGGGCUUUAUUGGUAAUAAUUUUACUUGGAGUAACUGUCGCUCUGGUAGUGCUAACAUCAGAGAAAGAUUGGAUUGUGGCUUGGCUAAUCAAGAGUGGGUGUCUUUGUUCCCUAACUCUUUGAUUAAUCAUUUUUUGGCUGUUAAUUCGGAUCACUGCCCAAUUUUGUUGUCUACCUCUGGUACCUACCGUAAUCUUCCCAAGCCUUUUCGCUUUGAAGCUUUUUGGACCCGUGAUCAGGCUAGUCACUCAGUGGUAGCGGAAGCUUGGUUGGUUGCGGUGGAAGGCUCUCCAGCUUUCUCGUUGAGCAGGAAGUGGAAGAAAACAAAAUCAGCUUUAAAGUCUUGGAACACUCUCCAUUUUGGUCAUAUUCAGACUCAGAUUAAAUCUCUUAUGGCCCAAAUUGGAGUUAUUCAAGCCUCUCCUCACUCCUCUAGUAGUGCUGCCAGAGAAGUGGUUCUUCAGAAGGCUCUCCAAGAGCAACUCCUGCGUGAGGAAAUUUUGUGGAAACAAAAAUCAAGGGAGUUAUGGCUUUCUUGUACAGACCUUAAUACAAAAUUUUUCCAUGCCUCUAAUGCUUGCCGUCGUAGGUACAACUCCAUCUCUUGUCUUAUUGAUAAUGGGGUCAGUGUUAUGGGUAGGGAGAAUAUUGGUUCUUUGCUGGUGGAUCAUUUUCAUUCUCGUUUUACUACUUCUCACCCUUCUUUUGAUGAUGAUCUUGCUGGUUUGGUGGAUAAAGUGAUAACUGAUGAUGAUAAUAUGCUUUUAUGUGUAAUUCCUACUGAAGAGGAGAUUUUUUCGGCUAUCACUGAUCUUGGACUUAAUAAAGCUCCUGGUCCUGAUGGCAUGACAGGGCUUUUUUACAAAAACUUACUGGCCUAUUGUGAAGCUUAG